AUCAAAAUGACAUAGUGGUAAACACAGUAAGUCGAGCCACAAAAAGUGUCCAUCAGAUGAACUCACAGCCAGCUGACGGGGGGGAAAAAAAGAACAUGAAUAAUAAAGUUGACUUCAUAUCCUCCAGACUUGAAGUCCAGCACCUGAACAUGUUCGUCUGAGCUGAGGGACUUCAUGUUUUUUUUCUUACACAAACUGUGUGUGUGUCUGGUGAAGUCUCAGAGUCUGCCACACAAGUCUGCUUGACUCGGGGACUCCCAGGCUACUGUAAGUUUCGCUCUGGAAUAAAGCCGACGGUAGCUUUCCCCAGAGAAGUAAUCGACUUUCCCUUCAGAGCUGGAGGCACAGCAUUGCAAAGACGGUAACACUGGACCAAGGCUAUGUCCUGAGGGGAGAGCAAGACUCUGCUUCAGUCAGCAGUUUGUGAAGCCUGCGCUCUGCUUGGGUCUUCCCGUUUUCGGGACAUACCUUAAGGACAUGCACUCGAUAGGCUGACAGCUUUUUUUGUUUUAAUGGCAAUGUGGAUGCUAACAGGCAUUUUGUGCUCCUUUUGGAAAACCAUUCAGUUGUGAGACUACUAACUCAAGGAAAGGCGCCGCCAUGGAGGGUCUUGCGCAGCUUGACAUGGUGGGCGAUAUCAGCCCGGCUCUUGAGGCCACAGAGGACUUUAUCCACUGCAUGGAUGGGAUACAAGGCCAAGGUCCGAGCCAGGCUCAAACAGGGACCCUCCAGCCCUCCAGGCAGCAGAAGCAGCUGCAUGAGGUGUCCAGUGCAGCGCUGGGGAAGCUGAGCUCCAGCGGUGUGUGGGGUCUGCUGGCUGGAGAGCAGCCAGAGGUAGGGCCCCUCGGUCUGGCCUGGGCUGACAACUUCAGCGUUUUGGGGCUGGGGAUGGGCCUCAGGCAUGGAAAGAGGAGCCGAGCGCGAUCCACCAACGACCUGGCAGCUCACUCCAAGGAGUGCACCAACAACGCCGCUAACUCCUCAACCAACUCAGCCUUCAAGAAAGGCCACAACCGGUCCAGGUCAGAUGUCCACUACCGGCCGUCUGCAUUCACAGACAACUGUCUGCCCACCGUGGACUGCAACACGCUGAAGAACAUGAUCCUCAACCACGGGGAUAAAAGCAGCAGCAGCAGCACUGUGGUGAAGCAUGGUGCGAUGGAGCAGCGUGAGGGUCCCCGGGGCCGUUGGACAGCCUGCCACGUCGAGCUGACACCCUGCGAGCUCCGGCUCUACACUCUGGACAGCAGCGCCAACCGCCAGCUGGGAACCGCCUACUCUCUGUCACACUGCCAGAGCGUCAUCUCGCCAGCUCCCUGCAGCCAGCCGGGCCAGAUCACCCAGCCCGCCGAUCAACGCACGCUGCAGGCUUUGUUCUUCAACAGCACGCGUCUCCAGCUGAGGGCGGCCAGCCAAUGGGAGGCGAUGGAGUGGAGGCGGUUGAUGUGGGAGAAGGUGCAGGCAGUCAGACCUGUGAGGCAGGAGAACCGCCAGCGUAAGAGCGGAUCAGAACACCAACAGGUUGUUAAGUUUCAUGCGCCCAUGUCCCCCUCUUCAUCGCCGUCUCCUUCAGGGCUCGACACCAGGCCUGAUGGAGACAGCGACACCCCCACCUCCGCAGAGGCGUCGCUCUCUCAGCAGUCUCUUCCUGGUGUCCUGAGCAGACCCACCACCCUUCCUUUGUUCACCCAGCGCUGCCAGGACGUCCUCAAAGCUGGUCUGCUCCACAAGCUGAUGGAUCAGAACAACUGGAGAGCCUUCACCUUCGUCCUGACUAGGUCUGCUCUCCGGGCCUUUGCCACAGAGGGCCGAGGGUCUGUGUCCCAGCCUUUGCUUCAGUACUCUCUGUCCUCCUGCUCGGCUGUGCAGCACGAUCAGGAGCCAGAGAACGGAGAGCAAUGGACGGAUAGAGGUGAUAGUUUCCAGGUAGUUUUCCCGAAAGAGGUGCUCCGGCUGCGGGCAGAUGAUCAGAUCAAGGCUCAAGAAUGGGUGGAGGCCCUGCAGGAGGCAGUCGGAGCGCAGAGGCCUGCCCGAGAAGAGGAAGGAGGACCGGGGGAAGGAGCUCCAGGCCUCCAGGGGGUGCUAUUGAGAUCGAAACCAUCCAGAGAGAGGAGACAGAGGGAUGCCCAGAGAGCCAAGAGGCAGUCAGUCACCACCAGUUUCCUCAGUAUUCUCACCUGUCUGGCUGUGGAGAAGGGGCUCACUGCUCAGAGCUUCAGAUGUGCAGGUUGUCAGCGUCCGGUUGGUCUCUCUAGAGGGAAGGCAAAGGUCUGCUGCUACAGCGGCUGGUACUACUGCCACAGCUGCCAUCAGGACAACUCCUUCCUCAUCCCAGCACGCCUACUCCGCAACUGGGACACCAGCAAGCACAAGGUGUCCAAACAAGCCAAGGAGUUCCUGGAGUUUGUGUACGAGGAGCCCCUGCUGGACGUGCAGCAGCUCAAUCCCUGUCUGUACGAGCACUGUGAGGCUCUCAGCACUGUGCUGCGUCUCCGUCAGCAGCUCCAGUCGCUGCGGGCCUACCUGUUCAGCUGCAGAGCGACUGUGGCUGAGGACCUCAGACGAAGGAUCUUUCCCAGGGAAUACCUGCUACAGCACAUCCACCUUUACUCCCUGGCUGACCUGCAGCAGGUGAUUGACGGGAAACUGGCUCCCUUCCUCGCCAAGGUGAUAAAGUUUGCCAGCUCUCAUGUUUUCAGCUGCAGUUUGUGUCGAGAGAAAGGGUUCAUCUGCGAGCUCUGCCAGAACGGACAGGUCAUCUACCCUUUCCAGGAGAACGCCACCAAGAGGUGUGACGGCUGCGGCGCCGUGUUCCACACCGAGUGUCGACUGAAAGCUCAGCCGUGUCCUCGCUGCGUCCGGCGAGAACUCCACCACAAAAGGCCGUCCUCCUUCUGGUCUCCGGACGACGACAGCCCCGGCUGCUUCCACCUGCCCUACCAAGACACCUGAGACACACACACACACACACACACACACACACACACACACACACACACACACACACACACACAGAAGUGCCUGUUUUGCUGAUUUGUGUGUGUCUCCGGAACAAAUUGAGGGAGCAGAGGGCGAGCACGGAGUAUCUAAUGGAUCUUCAGGUUUGUGUUUGAGUGGACUAAACAAAUUCCCCCCCCC